UUUCUUUCCACAAACGUCAAAUGAUAUUUUCGUGAGGUUGUGUGGUAAUUUCUCAAAUUCUGUGUGAGAAAAUCCCUAAAAUAUGCGGAUAACCAGUGCACUGUUCAGGCAACAUGGUGACUUUAUGUUUAAAAAGCACUGGUUGGUAGCUGGACAAGGAAUACCAACAGUUCAAGACACCGGUGCAGUAACUGCUGCAGAAAGUCAUGGGUUGCCGGUCGUGGAUGCUGUUGAAUAUAUGAAUAGGAAACCUCGAGCAGAACGCUUUGUUAUCGAACGUUCGUCACUAAACCCUCCCGGGGAAGUAUUCGAUCGUACGCAUCCACUGUGGAAUGAACGGAAAUGGUUCACAUUUUGCGACCAGAAUGUGCUUGUCGAAGGGAUGUCACAGGCACAGGUAUUGACGAAAUCGAUUGUCGUCGAUGGGUUGCCAUCAAGUGUUGAACAGGCCAUUGAUAGCAUAAAGAUCCCUGGACGAUCUGAUGCCUUUAUGCAAGACAUGGUUCGAUUUUCGUUUUUAUUCGAAGCUGAGCAGCAGAAGUUACCUAAACGAAGAGAUCCGGACAGGCCAGCACAUAUCUUCAAAAGAGACUAUGGAAUAACGUCGUUCAGGCGAAACCGUGUCCUCAUAGACAAAACAAUCCAAGAAUGUGAGAAACUUGCGGGCAGAUCAGUUGUGUCGGAUCGCAAAGUCGAAAGCGACGUUCUGUUCGCUUUACCAAUUGAAACAGACGGAGGCUUUUUGCAGAUGGAAAUUACUGCUGACGCAUUUGUGACAUCCAAAAAACCAAUAGCACCAGUGUCAGCUGAUAGAACCGAAUUUUCUGACAGUCAACUUCCCGAUUUGUUUCCUUUAGCGCCUACCGUUGGCAUGGACACAAUGGACACAACAUCGACCCCCGUUCUGGGACCGCUGUUGACCGAGGAGAAAUUCUAUGUCAAAAACAGAAUUGUCAAAGAGAUGCAGCCGAUCAACAAUUGUCAGAUAAGGGACUCGUAUCCUGUCCCCAGAACGUCUCCCUAUUAUCAUCCUCACACAAUCUUCUUGCGCUUCACCAAGGAGGAUGUGCGAAAUUUGAGUGAACUACCGAUAACCGAGUCACAGUUUCAAUCCCGGUCUAUGCUGAAGGCGUUUGCGGUUGCCGCUUCAAGUGCCCGAUCACUGUAUGGGGUGAACGUCACUGACCUGGAAAAACCAAUCGUCGUACAAACGAUUCAAUUCAAUGAUAAAUCAAUCCAAUUCGGACUGUUCCAGUUGAACACACUGAACUUGAACGGAGUGAAUGGGACGAAAAAUGUCUGGUUCCAUGGUCCAACGUUAGAACUGUUUUCGGAGUGUCGGUAUAGGAUCUCACGUCCUGAGUUGACUGGUUACAAUCCAGAUGUUUUGCGUUAUAUUUACGGAUUUUAUAAGACGAAUUGAACUGAUUCAUUGAAUGGUUGGUAGUCGCAUCGCUUUGAUCGAAUAUAUGAAUUUUGAAAAUUUA